CCGCGGGCGCUGCGGCUGCGGCGCUUCCUCCGCUGGGGCAGCGCGGCCGAGCCGGCAGCAUGACGGUGGAGUUCGAGGAGUGCAUCAAGGACUCGCCCCGGUUCCGGGCGACCAUCGAUGAGGUGGAGACAGAUGUGGUGGAGAUCGAGGCAAAGCUCGACAAGCUGGUGAAGCUGUGCAGCGGGAUGAUCGAGGCUGGCAAGGUUUACAUCACCACCAACAAACACUUUGUGAGCGGCGUGCGGGACCUGUCCCAGCAGUGCCGCAAGGACCAGAUGGUCUCGGAGUGCCUGGAUAAAUUCGGGGACAGCCUGCAGGAAAUGAUCAACUAUCACAUGAUCCUGUUUGACCAGGCCCAGAGGUCGGUCCGGCAGCAGCUGCACAAUUUUGUCAAGGAUGACGUGAGGAAGUUCAAGGAGACCAAGAAGCAGUUUGACAGGGUGAGGGAGGACAUGGAGAUCUCGCUGGUGAAGAACGCGCAGGCGCCGCGCCACAAACCCCACGAGGUGGAGGAGGCAGCAGGGACCCUGAGCAUCACCAGGAAAUGCUUCAGGCACCUGGCCCUGGACUAUGUGCUGCAGAUCAAUGUGCUGCAGGCCAAGAAGAAAUUUGAGAUCCUGGACGCGAUGUUGUCCUUCAUGCACGCCCAGUUCACUUUCUUCCAGCAGGGGCACAGCCUCCUGCACCAGCUCGAGCCCUACAUGAAGAAACUGGCCACGGAGCUGGACCAGCUGGUGAUCGACUCUGCCGUGGAGAAGAGGGAGAUGGAGCACAAGCACGCCCUGAUCCAGCAGAGGACCCUCCUGCAGGAUUUCUCCUAUGAUGAUUCCAAGGUGGAAUUCAACGUGGACGCUCCCAAUGGGGUGGUGAUGGAGGGAUACCUGUUCAAGAGAGCCAGCAACGCCUUCAAAACCUGGAACAGGAGAUGGUUUUCCAUCCAGAACAGCCAGCUGGUCUACCAGAAGAAGCUCAAGGACGUGCUGACCGUGGUCGUGGAGGAUCUGCGGCUCUGCUCGGUCAAGCCCUGCGAGGACAUCGAGCGCAGGUUCUGCUUCGAGGUCGUGUCCCCCACCAAGAGCUGCAUGCUGCAGGCUGACUCGGAGAAGCUGCGCCAGGCCUGGAUCCAGGCAGUCCAGGCCAGCAUCGCCUCUGCCUACAGAGAGAGCCCCGACAGCUACUACAUCGAGAGGCUGGACAGAACAGCCUCCCCCUCCACCAGCAGCAUCGACUCGGCCACGGAUUCGCGGGAGCGCGGCGGGAAGGGGGAAACGAUCCUGCAGAGGGUGCAGAGCAUCCCUGGGAACGAGCAGUGCUGUGACUGUGGGCAGCCAGACCCUCGCUGGGCCAGCAUCAACCUGGGCAUCCUGCUGUGCAUCGAGUGCUCCGGCAUCCACAGGAGCCUGGGUGUUCACUGCUCCAAGGUCCGAUCCCUCACGCUGGAUUCCUGGGAGCCAGAGCUGCUCAAGCUGAUGUGUGAGCUGGGCAACAGCACCAUGAACCAGAUUUACGAGGCGCAGUGCGAGGAGCUGGGGCUGAAGAAACCAACAGCAGGGAGCUCCAGGCAGGACAAGGAGGCCUGGAUCAAGGACAAGUACGUGCUCAAGAAGUUCCUGCGGCGGCUGCCGGCCGGGGAGGCGCUGGCACGGCCGCGGCGUUGGAGCCUCCGGCGCUGCCGGCGCCACCGCGGCGCCUCCAGGGCGGCGCCAGCGCGCGCCAAACGGCGCCAGGAGCCCGGCAACGGCGGCGCCGCCCUGCUGGGAUCAGCCGCGGCCGCGCUGGAGAGGAAAUUCCGCCGGGAUUCGCUGUUCUGCCCCGACGAGCUGGACUCGCUCUUCUCCUACUUCGACACGGGCGCGGGGCCCCGCACGCCGUCCCCUGACGCUGCCGUCCCCUCCCCAGGUGCCAGCCUGAGCUCAGAGCAGCCCCUGCUGGAGGGGGGCCCUGGCACUGGGGCCCUCCUGGACGGAGGUCUGAGCAGUGACAGUGGCCUGGGUGGCAGCACGGACGGCAGCAGCGACGUGCUGGUGUUCGGCUCGGUGGUGGACAGCGUCACCGAGGAGGAGUGCGAGGCGUCGGAGGAGUCGAGCGGGGAGCUGGAUCUGGAGCCGGAGGUGCCGGAGCUGGAGGAUCUGCGGGAGCUGCACCCGGGGCUGCUGCUGGCGCGGGCGGCGCUGGCGCGGAACCUGCCCCUGAUGGCCACGGCGCUGGCCCACGGCGCCGACAUCAACUGGGCCAACGAGGGCGACGAGAGCAAAACGGCGCUGAUGCAGGCGGUGGCCGGGGGCUCCCUGAUCGCCUGCGAGUUCCUGCUGCAGAACGGGGCCGACGUGAACCAGAGGGACGCGCGGGGCCGGGCGCCGCUGCACCACGCCACGGCCCUGGGGCACACGGGGCAGGUGUGCCUGUUCCUGAAGCGCGGGGCCACCCAGCACGCCCUGGACGGGGACGGGCAGGACCCGCUGAGCAUCGCGGUGAGCGCGGCCAACGCCGACAUCGUCACCCUGCUGCGCCUGGCGCGGAUGAACGAGGAGAUGCGGGAGGCAGAGGGACCCUUGGGGCAGCCCGGGCAGUACCCCAGCAACAGCCCCACGGAGCUGCAGUACAGGAAAUGCAUCCAGGAGUUCAUCAGCCUCAACAUCGACGACUGCUAGGGGCCCUGGAGAGCCCCAUCCUCAGAUAUUCCCAUCCUGGGCUCUUCCCAUCCUUGGAUUUUCCCAUCCUUGGAUGUUCCCAUCCUCGGAUGUUCCUGUGCUCGGAUGUUCCCAUCCUGGGAUGUUCCCAUCUUUGGUUGUUCCCAUCCUUGGAUGUUCUCAUCCUUGGAUAUUUCCAUCCUUGGAUAUUUCCAUCCUUGGAU